AGGAUUUAUGAAGAAUUUUGGCGAGAAGCAAAGUGAAAGUUGUGAAGGUAGCUUGUGAAUAUUGACUCCUUUUAAGAAUCAGAUUUUUAAAAAGCUUCACAGUAAUCAGAUUAUAAUUACAAAUGCUGCUCAGAAAAGUCCUAGUUAUUGUAAAGAUAAUGAAUUGUUCAAUAAGAAUGGAAAUUUGAACUUUAAAGGGAGAAAAAGAUCACUAAAGAGAAAAUUAAAGAUAAAAGAAAUAGAAGCAAAUAUACCUGAUCAUUAUUAUUUAGAAAAACAAUUAUCACUAAGUAAUCGUCCUCUGAUUAAACCAAAAGCUCGUUAUGAAAAUAUUGUUUGCUCAACUACCGAAAUUGGAGGAAAUAGAAUUUAUUUCAACAAUUUUGGUACUCCCAAUGUGAAAAUGACAAUGAAUCCUCGGAGGAUACAACUUCUUGGCUAUACAAAUCAUCUCCAAUCAAUGAAGUAUCCUUGAGAAUCAGCUUUAAGUGAGAGAAUACCUUGUGAACAGACAUUAGAAAAUAAAACCAUUCAUAAAAAGAGCCCUCUUACCAAAAUCUCAAAGAAUACAUUGAAAAUGAAGCAAGAACAACAUUUAUUCCGCCCUUGUCAUCCUCGUAGGAAAUCAACUUCAGAAACUUUAGAAUUUCAGAGCCCCCUAAAGGUUCAGACAAAGAAUUGAGACUAUGAAAAGUCUGGUCAGAAUCUGGUGAAGUCUAUUUCUGAAAUUCCAUCAGAAAUCUUCCAAACUCAAGAAAAACUGUCUGAGCCAAGUGAAAAUCAAUGCAAUUGGAAGUCAAACCAGGAACUAGACUUUGUAAACUAUAGAACACAAUCAAGGCAAAUUCCUAUGUGUAAUUGAAAAAAUUCCAAGUCAAAUGAAGAAAAUAUCUAUAAACUUGCUUUAAGAAGAAUGAACAGACAACUUGAAGAGUGCAAAGAUACCAUAAGUGCACAGAAAGAACAGGUGAAUCAGUAUAAGAUGCAGAUUAAUGAACUUAACAGAACCGUCAUUGAUUUAACCAAGCUACUCAACAAGCUUAGUCAUGAAGAUCUACAAAAACUCAUCGGCCACAAUCAACAACAACUCUCUUAACCCCCUCUCAUCCACUCAAAACCACCCAGAACAUAACUCUCACCUAAUUUCAAUUUCCCUCUA